CAACGGCCCUCGACUUUCUCCUGAUUUCGCGUCUUUCUUCACUCACCACCGCCCAACCCACGCCGUCCCGCUCGCCCUCGCCGUCUUUGCAGCCUCAAUUUCCUCCCCCUUCCCGCCCCGACCGCUCGCACCAUGUCUGCCGAUGAUCUCGACGACGAGCUCUUCGCCCUCGCUGGCGGUGACGAAGAUGCAGACGUCGAAGAAGGCGAAGCCUCGUCGCCCGCCGCCUCGUCGCCCAACUCGCUCGGCUCCGACGCCAUGGACGAGUCCGACUCGGACCGCGACGACGACGUGCCCGAACGCAGCGCCGACGUGCCCUACCCGCUCGAGGGCAAGUACAUGGACGAGGCGGACAAGCGCAGCAUCAUGGCCAUGUCGCAGCUCGAGCGCGAGGAGAUCCUGGGCCAGCGCGCCGAGGAGAUGAACAGGGCAAACUUCCAGGCCGAGCUGCAGAGGCGUGCCGCGAACCUGCAGAACGACCGCAAGAGGAAGGCCGACUCGGAGGAGCCCGACGACGCGAACCGCAAGAACAGCCGCCCCAAGGUCAAGCCCAGGGUGAACGACAAGCUCGAGGCGUACAAGCGCGAGCGCGAACAGCGUGGACGGCAGCAGCGCCAGCGAGCAGACGACCAUCAGAGUGGCCGCCGGCGGUCAAGCUCGGCGGAACGGGGCGGCGCCUCGGAUCUCGAUGCUGACGGCGAGAGCGACGUCGAGUGGGAUGACCGCGUGCCCGAGAAGGCCCGUGAAGAGCAGCCAGCCACCAUACGCGACUUCGACUCGGUCCGUGUUGGUCGCGGCUUCUUCUCCGAGGUCUGCUUCCACCCAGGCUUCGAGGACGCCAUGACCGGAACCUUUGGCCGUGUCGGCGUGGGCCAGGACUCACAGCGCCGGACGCUGUACAAGAUGGCGCAAAUUAAGGGCUUCUCCACCGGCAAGCCCUACGUCUUCGAAGGCAAGAACAACCAGCGCAUCGCAACCGACCUCUACGUCAUCGCCCAACACGGCUCCGUAAAGAAAGACUACCAAUUCCAAUUCCUCUCCAACCAGCGCUUCACCGAAAGCGACCUAGACGUCUACAAGCAAUCGCUCGUGGAAACAAACGCAAAACUCCCCACCCAAUCCUUCCUCCACAAGAAAUACGACGACCUCAAAGCCCUGCAGAACCACCACUGGUCAGAAGCUGACAUCAGCGCCCGCAUCGCUAAAGCAAACAAAUUCUCACACCUCCUCCACCGCGCCGCAGACUCCGCUCAGCCUAAAAUCCUCACUCAGUCGGAAACUGCGGCGAUCCGCACCGCGGAGCUCAACCGCCGCAACCGCAUUCAGGAGGCGGAGCGCGUGAGGAAGGCACAGCUGGAGCAGCAGAAGCAGAAUAAAAUGGAACAGAAGCGCGCUGCGGCCCGGCGUAAGGCGGAGGAGGAUGCGAAGAUGAAGGCGCAGAUCGAGGCUGAUGCGCUGAGGAAUAAAACGUUGGAUGUUGAUGCGCUGUUUGAUGGCGAUGCGAGUUCUAGGGCCACGACGCCGAAGCCUAUGGAGAAGAAGAAGACGGAGAGGAAGGGGCUGCCGACGUUUCGCAAGCCGAAGAUGGAUGACGAUAUUAUUGCUAGUAUGGAUAUUGGGCUGGAUAUAGAGAUUUGAGGGGUCGGUAAUAGCGUUGGGUUUUGGGUUGGGUUGUGCAUUGCGUGGCGUUUUUGUUUUUAGUUAGGACGGAAUGGAUAUGGACAUGGCUUUCUUUAUUACCACACUUUUCAUUUCUUGGAUAUUUUCGGUAGAUUGGAGAUGCCAUGAGAAAUUGAAGAAGAACGAAGAGACUAUUCAUCAUUG